AUGUGUUCGUAUCCUGCACACCGAAACAAAACUUCCAGAUGCUCAUGGUUCCAUGAACAGUGGCUGGAACAAAGGAGUUCAACAGGCAGUGUUUCAAGAUACAGAAAGCAAUGCUUGAAAGCAUACAUGGAUCCAGGAAUGACUGAACUUGUAGCUACGACCUGUUUCUGCGCAGCUCGGUAUGAGCAAUUCGCAAUCCAACUCCAAAAAAAAAAACAAGAGUCAAACAGCUUAUGUGUCUUGGACCGCGAUAUUUCCACAUUCGUCAACGACAUGGAAACCUUCUGGCAUGCGUCGAAUCAAGAGACGCCACUUACCGCAUCAAAGCCGCACACUGCAUUUCCACACAGGCUUGCAAUGAGAACCCGACGACGAAGAUGCUCACCACUGAGGACUUCUUUGGCCGCAGCGUCUUAUCAAAAGCAGUCGGUAUCGAAACUCCCCCGCACACCUCGAAUCGCGAGAUACAUCCCAUUGCAUCGAGUCCACGGAUUGCGCGUUUUCGGAUUGGUUGCUUGGUCGCGGAUAUCAGAGAGCUUGUUUUCGUGUCCUGUGCGGGUCAAUUCAUAUGUCAUGCGGCGGGUGGCAUGGCGUCUAACGGUGCGUGUCUGCCGCUUGUUGAAAUUGCGUUGGCAUGACCAUGUCUAUCGCUGCAAGUAUAUCUCUGUUGUGUUCCAGGAUUAA